AAAAGAGGCAAACACGGUCAUUUGGCGAAAUGUCGAAAUUGCCUGGAGCGAGCGAGGUUGACUGACUUGGCAUAUUCAUAUUUCCAUAUUCUGGAGUGUUUUUUCAGUUUCGCUAUUCCACUGUGUGCUCUCUGUGUGGUGUGGUCGCUCACUGCAACAACAACAACAACGAACGCCAACGCAAACGCAAACGCGAAUAAGAGCGAGAACAUUCUCUUCAGCUCAACCCUUUUCUUUUUCGAUGGCUAAUCGGCACACGAUUAUUCUAAUGCAGACCUCGCAGAACAGAGCAACUAGGACGUUCAUGGAUUAUGAAUCCAUAACUCAGGCCAUGGAUGGCAUAUGUGCACUGUAUGAAAGGAAACUGAAGGAGUUGAAUCCGGCUAUCAGAAAUCUCUCUUAUGACAUUACUGAUCUCUACAACUUCAUAGAUGGUCUUGCGGACAUGAGUGCCCUAGUGUAUGAUAGUUCAAUUCACGCUUACUUGCCGCAUGAUCGACUGUGGAUCAAGCAACGAACAUUCCAACAUUUGAAGAAAUUAGCACACUGAUUAACCCCUAAACUAUUGGCAAUUUAAUGUAAAGAAAAUCGCAAAGGCUCGACCUUUCUGUUAUGUGGGCUAUGCUCCGUUGGCUACGUAAUAUGAAUACUGCAAAUGCUGGCACGUAAUUAUAAUAUCAACAGCUGGUACUGCUUUAGUUUCAUAAACAAAUGAUUGUCGUCGGCUUGGUUAUUCUACCUUCUAUGUCUAGAAGACUGUCUUUUUUAAAGAUCAUCUUGUAGUUGUAACAUUAAAUAGUAAGUUGCACUGUUGAGUUACCUAUCCACACAUUAUGAUUCACAAGGUCUUAUGAAUGCUAGUUUUGCGAGUUUGUAUUCCACAUGACUAA